AUGUUGAUACUGGCAGCAUCGCGUUACAUCUUUGAUCAUCAUAGGCAACAGCACAGUGUCUGGGAUUUUAGGAUCCAUCCGGAUUAUAAUACUUCAGCUUUAUUCUCUGAUGACAUAGCCAUCAUUUUCAUAGAAGAUAUGUUCCUCUUCGAUCGCCACGUGCAGCCCGCGAAGCUCGUCAAUACUGAUCGGUGGAUGAGAGAAACUGGGACUACGUUCACAGCGACUGGAUGGGGACAGACUUCGGAAGAUGGUGAACUAUCUUUGAAAGGUCUCAUGGAAGCAAAAUUACGCUUUAUUCCACGCAAGGAAUGCUUGAAAGAAUACCAAGGAGUGAUAUUCAGCCAUGACAUGUUCUGCCUUUACGGGAAUGGGACUAGUGAUACAUGUAAAGGAGACUCAGGAGGAGGCAUCUUGUGGAAUAACAUGAUUGUGGGCAUCGUGUCGCACGGCAAAGGCUGCUUGAAGUAUCCCGGCGUUUAUUCCAAUGUCUACUACUACACGGGCUGGAUACAGAACACUACCGAAGAACUGUAUCAAAAAUAUUGUCGAUUUCAGUCAUUUGGUUAGGUCAUAUUUACAAAUAAUAAAAACAAGUA